AUGUCUAUUGAAGGCCACGACUCACAAGUGGUCCACAUCGAGCUCGAACCUGAACAAUGCCUGCGAGCUGAGACCGGUGCCAUGAUCUACAUGACAGAUGGCGUGGAAAUGGAGACGACCACCGCUGGAGGAUUAGGCGAAGGCAUGAAGCGAAUGAUGACCGGCGAAAACUUCUUCGUAUCGCGCUUUACGUACCAUGGCUCAGAGAAGGGCAAAGUGGCGCUUGGCACCAGCUUUCCAAGCAAAAUUGUUCACCUCCGCCUGAAUGACUUCCUGGGCGAAUCAAUCAUCUGUCAGAAGGGAGCGUUCUUGUGCGGCUCAGACACUGUCAACAUCGAAAUGGAAUUCGCCAAGAAGUUUGGCGUCGGUUUUUUCGGUGGCGAAGGGUUCAUUUUGCAGAGGCUGACAGGCAGCGGUGAUGUGCUUGUCCGUGCUACCGGAACACUGAUCGAGCGCGAGCUCCAGCCUGGUGAAGUGCUUCGCAUUUCAAGUGGCUGCCUCGUUGCCUUUGAGCCUAGUGUCCACUACGACAUCACCAUGAUGAAGGGAGCAAAGAAUGUGCUCUUUGGUGGCGAGGGUCUGUUCGUGACGACGCUCACUGGGCCUGGAAAAAUCUACUUGCAGAGUCUACCGUUCGAGCGCGUGGUUGGAGAAAUGGCGGCUCGCAUCCCUCGUGGCGGACCUGGCGGCAUGAUGUUCCCGCUCAUGAUGGGAGGCGGCGGCGAACAAGGCGCCAAGGAAGAUGUAGCUGAAGGGGCUGAAGGUGCGACAGUUAGUGGCGAAAAUGUUGGUGCUGCAAAUGCCGAAGAUGACUGGGGAGUCAAAAACGAUGAAAUAUACGGCGACGGCGGCAAAGACUUAGCCAGCGGGAGCGAGUUUAGUGAUGUCGUAGCGGAGGAGUCCGAGGAAUCAAGCGGUGGUGGUGUCAUUAGUAUUUUCAAAAGCCUCUUCGGAGACAACGACGACUAA